UUCACCUGAGCUAUCCAUUUCCGCAGAGUGAAAAAAUGCUACAGCAAAUUUUGGAAUCCAUUUUCCAAAAGCUGGGAGAAAAGCUGGUAGACUAUUCACAUAACAAUGUGACUGUCUUAACAAAUUUAAAGCUCGAUGUCACAACUUUGGAGACAAGCCUUACCUCAUUGUGUGCUAUAGCAUUUGAUGUCGAGGCCAAAUGCAAAGAAGAUGCAUCGAGGAAAAAGAAGAGAAAACGAGAAGUUGAAGAUUGGUUGACACAAGUUCAGCUAAUUCAAACUAAUUUUCUUGAACUACAAUCGCGUGGAUACAUCACUAGGCUCUUGAGUGGAGGCCGAAUAGCAAAACUGAAUAACCGAGUGGGUGAACUCAUGGAGCAAAGCAGGCAUUUUGGUGAAGUUCUAGUCGAUGAUUAUGAUCAGAGGGGAGAGGCCUUUAUAGCAGCUGAAAUGUUUGGUGAAGCAUUUGAGGAAAAUUUGGACAUAAUUUGGGGGCUGUUAGUGGAUGAUAAGGUGGAGAGUAUUGGUAUAUACGGGAUGGGUGGUGUAGGCAAGACGACUUUGACAAAGUACGUCCACAACCGUCUGCUGCAAGAAACUGAAGAUUGUGUGGUUUGGGUUACGGUGUCUCAGGUGUUCAACAUAAACAAGUUGCAAGACAAGAUAGGUUGUGCCAUCGGUCUCAAGCUGUCGGAUGAACAUGAUGCACACAAAAGAGCAGCUGAAUUGAGGACAGCAUUCUCCACAAGGGAAAGCAUUGUGCUCAUUUUGGAUGAUGUGUGGGAAAACAUCAAACUGGAAGAGGUUGGAUAUCCACUUGGCAGGGAAGGUUGCCGGUUGGUUAUAACAACUAGGUCUUCGAAAGUGUGUCAUCAGUUCGGUUGCAAGAGCAUAAACGAAGUGAAAACACUGCAUAAUGAUGAAGCAUGGGACUUAUUCAAAGAGACACUGGGGCACGAGAGCCUACCUUCUGAUGUCGAGGAAAUUGCCAAGUGUAUGGUCAAGAUGUGCGAUGGCUUGCCUCUUGGGAUCAUCACCCUAGCAGGAGGCAUGAGGGGCGAGACGGCCGUUCAUGCCUGGAGAAAUUCAAUGACAGAACUGAAGAAAUCCUUUAUGGGGCAUGAUGACAUGGAAGAUCAAGUUUAUAAAGUGCUCAAAUACAGUUUUGACAGAUUGUUACCUAAUCAUCAACAAGGGACGAGGCGUGGAUACACGAACUUACAGCUUUGCUUCCUGUAUUGCGCUUUAUAUCCUGAAGACUGCAAAAUACCAAGAAAUGAGUUAGUCAGGAAAUUCAUUUUGGAGGAGCUGGUUGAUACAUGGAAGAGUAUGAAGGCUCAAUACGACGAGGGUCACUCCAUGCUGGAUAAGUUAGUGAAUACGUGCUUGCUAGAAAGGACUCGCGAUCACAGGGAUGGAGAUAGCAUCAGAAUGCAUGAUCUGAUGCGAGCCAUGGCGCUGAAAAUUACUGAAGGUAAAACUGUGGUAAUAGCAGGCGACUGCUGUGUGAAGGAACUCCCCAACGACGAAGUAUGGAGUGAAGAUCUUGAGAACUUGUCCUUGGUUCAGAACAGCAUACAGGUGGUUCCAUUUCAAAUGUCUCCAAAAUGUCCUAAGCUGUCGAGGUUGCUUCUUCGCGAGAAUCCAUUGGAUUAUUUGCCAGGAUCAUUUUUCUCGAGAAUGCCUACACUGUGCACUCUUGAUCUGUCCAGGACUCGUAUACGAGACUUGCCUGAUUCGUUAUCUGAUCUGAAGAGCCUGAAGGCCUUGAUUCUAGGAGGGUGCCGAGAGCUUGCAGCAGUGCCAGACUUGGGAAAACUGAAAGCACUUAGGGAGCUGGACCUUUCGCAUAGCGGAAUCCUGAACAUGCCUCAAGGAACAGAGAAGCUCCUCAAUAUGAAGCGAUUGUUAUUAAACGGCGCAAAUUACUUGAGGAUGUUACCUGCAGGAGUGUUGACCAAUCUCUCAAAUCUUCAACUUCUUCUUCUCCCAUAUCAAGUAAAAGCACCAGUAGAGGACAUUGAGAGGCUGAAACAGCUGGAGGAAUUUCAAGGACCUGUGGAAGAUGCGCGUGAUUUUAGCCGUGUCUUUAGAAGUAGAAGAAGCCGGGUACAUGGUACUUUCUACAACAUUCAAGUGAGAUUGGUUUAUGAUGGUUUCUCUAACCGUCGCAAUCUAGUGACUUUCCAUCUCCGUGAUCUUGAGAAAGGAGAUGAGAACCAAGGUACCAUGUCUGCAGCACAUGAUACCCUAGUAUUCCAUCACUGCUACGGUCUAAGCAACUGUUUAGCCGAUGACUUCUCACGAUUGGAUGAUCCAAGAUCCCUCAAGUUGUUGGAAGUUUAUAACUCAAGAGGAAUAGAAUGCAUGAUCACAUAUGAGAAGCCAGGAUCUCAGUUUUCAAGCCUUGAAAAGAUUUUGCUGCAAGACUUACCCGAUUUUAUGGGUAUAAUUCGCAGACGGGAAGCAAGGCCUUGGGGAGAACCAACAUAUGCACCAGCUGAAGCUGCAUUUUCUUCUCUAAAAUACUUGACACUUUGCAAGUGUAACAAGAUGAAGAAGCUAGAGCUGCGCGCAUCAGAUUUUCCAAUGCUCGAAAGAAUCUGUGUUAGGAACUGUAAUGAGAUACAGGAGAUAACAGAAGCAACAGAUGGAACUGGAAGAGAAGAAGCAGAAGCAUCCGUUGUCUCUCUUCCCCGGUUGAGACAGGUGUACUUGAUUCAUCUGCCACGACUGUCGAGCAUCUGCAAGGCAGCAUUGUUAUGUGAUUCAGUUAACUUAAUUCACGUGGAGCAAUGCCAAGCAUUAAAGAAACUGCCGUUGAAUUUCUCAGAGAGCGACAACGACAACCAUGCCCUCGAUGAAGGAUUGUAUCAUUGUUCGCCUCCACCGUCUCUCGAAGAAAUCUGGAUACUUGAAGAAGAGAGAGAAUGGUGGGAAUCAUUAGAGUGGGAGCAUCCCAUUCAGUCCCAUCUCAUUCAGCCUUUCCUGCGAUUUUGGGACUAAUGAAAGAAACAAAUGACAUUUUGUUGUAAUUCAUGUAUGUAUUGCAAACUCAGUAAUUAAACUUAAUGCAAAUGACAUUUUGUUGUA